CUCAGAGAGGGAGACACUGAGGGGAGGCAGAGGAGGGGAAGAAAGUGAGAGAGACCAAAUACAUGCAGACUCCCAACAUCACCUAGACUACCUGCUCCGGCACAAACAAGGGGAGGAGGACGCACAAGUGCAGGCGCGUCCAUGCGUGCCAGCCGAGCGAGACAAUAAGCCUCAGAAGAACUGGAAUAAGAGUUUACGCGGAGAACUCUUUUGACAAAGAGCACAGCUUGAAGCCUAAAUGAGCGCAACACUGUAAGAAGAGUCAUGCAUCUCAACAGAGAAGAAGACAACAGCAAAGGCUCAGUGUCUCUCAGUGUUUUCCUGGUGUCUGUUGCGUUUGUCGUAUGUGCCGUUUGGCUGGUUGCUCUCUGUGGCGUGUGCACCUGGUGUCAACGUAAACUGGGGAAGAGGAAUAAGCCCUGGGUGGAGGCUGCAAGCUCUCCAGAGUCUGUGCGAGGUCGAGGGGAAAAUAAAGCCAUCAAUGAUCUAGACAGAGACUUUUGGAAUAACAAUGACAGCAGCAAUGUGCAACAGAGAUGGAGCUCCUACCCGCCCAAGGAGUUCCUCUUAAACAUGUCUCCCUAUGCCCCGUACGGAGACCCUCGCCUCACACCCAAUGGGGCCGUGGAUAAGGGUGGGCAGGGCAGUGCUGGACCCUCACUGGGGGCCAGUGACAGUGGGGGUGCUUGCUCUGGGACUGGGGCGGGGCCCAGUCGCAGUGACAGCGUUCGAAGCAUGGUGACAGGGGGCAGCAAGGCCGGGCGCUGGCAGACGAUCCAGAGCCACAUGCAUGCCGGAGGCCUGCGGUUUAGCAAUUUCGGGGAUGCCUCCCUCUCAUCUGCGUCAACCUUGGAGCACAUCCCAUCCUCGGCCGUGGCACGCCCUCGGCCCCUCGUCCGCCAGCAGAGCCUCCAACAGCCCCUCACUCACCAGCCCCCUCCAGGUCCCAACGACCCCCCAGUCACAUCACAGAGCCUGGGCCAGCUUCACACGGGCCCAGGCGGCGGAGGCCACCGUGGGGGCCCACGGGGGGUCCGGGGGAGUCCGGCUGGAGCCUCCCGGUACAGAGGAGGAGGAGGGGCAGGCCGGUCAAGGUCGAAUCCAGGCAGCUGGGAUCACAUGAUGGAGCAGAUCCGGCACAGAGGGCUGGACGUCAAGUCGUUCUUCGAGGGGAAGAUGGUUGUUCUGUCUCUAGCUAUCGGGCUGGCUGAACAGGAUGACUUUGCCAACCUCCCAGAUCUCCAGGAAGCGCCAGCCAGCAAAGAAAAUGAAACCACACCAGAAAAGAGGACUCCAGGUAACAAAUCAGGCAGUAGCCCCAGAGGUCAAACCCCAGAUGAGAGUGGACGCCGCCACGAUGCCAACUCCUCUGUUUCUGACUUGGCCAACUCAGUCACCAGUGACAUGCUCAUGUUGUCUCCAGGUUCCGAGGAAGAUGACCACGAGGGUCCAGUGUGUGAAAAGCUGGGACGUAUUCAGUUCAGCGUUGGUUACAGUUUUCAGGACUCCACCCUCACCGUCAAAAUCCUGAAGGGCCAGGAUUUGCCUGCCAAGGAUUUUUCCGGCACCUCUGACCCAUUUGUCAAACUCUACCUGCUGCCGGACAAGAAGCACAAACUGGAGACCAAAGUGAAGAGGAAGAAUCUAAACCCCCACUGGAAUGAGACCUUCCUGUUUGAAGGGUUCCCCUACGAUAAGGUGGUCCAGAGGACCCUAUACCUGCAGGUUCUUGACUACGACCGCUUCAGCAGGAAUGACCCCAUAGGAGAGGUGUCCAUCCCCCUCAACAAGCUGGACCUGGCCAACAUGCAGACAUUCUGGAAGGAGCUGAAACCAUGUAGUGAUGGCAGCGGGAGUCGAGGGGAUCUGCUGGUGUCUCUGUGCUACAACCCCACAGCCAACAUCAUCACUGUGAGCAUCAUCAAAGCCCGCAACCUCAAAGCCAUGGACAUCGGAGGCACUUCUGACCCAUAUGUAAAAGUGUGGUUGAUGAACAAGGACAAGCGCGUGGAAAAGAAGAAGACAGUGGUAAUGAAGCGCUGUCUGAACCCCGUGUUCAACGAGUCCUUCCCCUUUGAUGUGCCUGCCCACGUGCUGAGGGAGACCACCAUAAUUAUAACCGUCAUGGACAAGGACAGGCUCAGUCGCAAUGAUGUCAUUGGAAAGAUCUACCUUUCGUGGAAAAGUGGCCCUGCAGAGGUAAAGCACUGGAAAGACAUGAUGGGUCACCCUCGCACCACUGUGGCUCAGUGGCACGCUCUCAAGGCCUGAGGGACCAAGGGACCAAACCUGCCUACAGUGUCCCUCCCCCCAGGCCCUCAGCACAUAUCCCCCUACUCUCUGACUGCCGUCUCCGGCUGCAGAAACUGUGUGUCAUCUCUUUGUUCUCAGGCCUCUUUGAUAUGUCCCCUCGUGACUUCAUCCUUAAACUUCACCCUUGUCAAACUCUGAUUCCCACCUCACCCCCUUUUAUCCAUUUGUCUGAACUUAAAAAUGUCUGUCAUGUCUUGACGCACUUCCUCCUUGUGCCCUUCUUUUUAAGAGUCUUUCCUCCACUUUGUCAAACAUUCUCAGUGUUCUACAUUCGAGCAGUAGCCUACCUCUUGCCACCCAUGACCAAAAAUGGAUCUAACUGAUGCUCCAGCUAUCCUCUGUGGCGGCAAGGCGGGCUGCGUUCAAACAUGUACCUGAGUGUGGAUGCAAUCCAUUAACCACCUACAUCGGGUGUUGCAGUGAGGAAUCAACGACUCUGCUCCUCACCUCUUUGUUCAAGUCCUCUUCAGUUGCAGUCACUUUUUAUUCCAUACCCUGAAAAAUUAGGAAAACCAACAAAGGUAAUGGAAGAGUGAUGCCCUGUAUGUAAAGAUGGAACUGGACCCUGUCACUCAACCCAUGUUUGAUCUUUUUCACUUUCCACUCUUUCUCUGGCACCUCUGUAAUAAUUCUCCCUUGGCUGGAACCCUUCGUCGUCUGUGCGUGCUGUGGGUGAUGUGCUGUAACCCCAAAUGAAGUUCUCCAAAUAAAAAAAAGGAUAAGAACAUGAUCAUUCAACACUGGUCCUGGAGGAUGAGUGUAAAAAAAAAAAAAAAACAUUCUUUCCUAUUUUCUUGGAAAAGAAAACCAGAAGGACAGAAAAAAGAGAAAAGUGAUUAAUGUUGUGAUUUAUUUUUUGGUUUUUCAAAAGAGAACGUAGAAAAUCAACUUGUUCUUCCAGACUGAAAAUAAGCAAAAAGCCAGCUUCCGUAAGUGUGUGUGUUAGAGUGUGUGUGUGCGUGCGUAUGUAUGUGUGUGUGUGCGAGGUUGGACUUGCACAGCUAAAUUAUAGAUAUUCUUAAAAAUAGUAUUGCCCUUGAUAAUGAUGGGGAUAAUAACAUAUUAUUAGAAUUUGUGGUGUUGAUUUUAGCUGAAGACAUGGGGAGGUCACAAGUUGAAAGAGUCUGUCCACCAAAUAUAAAGUAGCCCAAAACAAGACAGACAUCGUUAUGUACAUCGUUAUGUCGAGUGUUUGAUCCCCUGAAAUCACUGCUGUCUAGACUAGGACUAGAAUAGUAAAAACAGCACUUGAAAUCCAAUUCCAUCCAACCUGAAUAACCAGGGGUUUUUUCUAAAAUAUAAAAAUUGAAUUUCAGUAUAUCUCAUAUUGAAAAUAAUGUUUUUUAUUAUUAUUUGAGCACAUACCACAAAAGGAAAAAGUGUAGCUUAAGUUUGAUUUUUUUUUACCUCAAUUUUCAAGGGUAAGAGUGAACACUCAGUUUAGUUCAUAUUUUUCAUAUGAAUGGAAGUGGUAAGUGACUGCUCAGGGUUGACAUACUGAAAAAUCAAAUGUAGAAAUGAAAAAAAAAUACUUUCCCUGUCACCUACUCUGCAAAGUGUCUGUCAGAAGCAUUAAUCUGAGUAUUUAACAUUGAAAAGACGCUUCAGUUUACUCGUUGUUACAGAGCACUAUGAGUCCAUUGAAGAUAACGGACCUGAUUCUUUAUUGUUAGAGUUCUGAGUUGAUCCAGGUCUUUAUUCCAGUUGUUUGCUUCACUGCCUGCAUGUGACCUCCCCCUCCCCGAGUCCCAUUUAGGAGCGUGCUAAGAGGAUGAAUGAAAACAAAAUGAACGAAAUAAUAACUGGGAGAAAAAUCUUUCUACAUUCCACUGAUUGUUUGUUUUUGGUCUACUGGCUGUGUGCAUGUGUGUGUUUGGGUGAGUGUCAAUAUUUGAACUUUUUAUUUUUUUUGUGUGAUUGGAUUUAUUGUGAGUCCCUCUGUGUGUUUAUCUGCACUGAGUUCUAUUUUGUCAGUUUAAUACAGAACAACAUUGUUUACCGUUUUUAUUCAGUAUGAAACAAUCCAGAUGUACAAAGAUAUAAGUUGUUUUUUUUUUAAGUUGUCAAUUCUUUAAGAAUCACUACACUUGUCGAUGACGAUGCUGGAACAAACCUCUCUUCAUAGCAGGGUCACUGCUCAUGUGUGGUUUUUAAAAUGACGUUUGGUUUGAGGGAAAUUUGUUAUACAUGCACUUAAACCAGCUUUGCAACAACCCCGGAUAAAAGCCUGUUUUCUUUGACUACCAUACACCAGAUUUUUUACAGAAGCAGUUACUGACAUUUUGUGCGAUCUGUGCUUUCUAUCUGAUCAUCAAGGCCAAAAUAAACGAAGGGUGGGUCCCUCACAUCGCAGCUGACGCCCCCCCCCCCCCCUUACACCCCUGUUGUGCACACAUGCUUUCUGGCACAAAGUGUUCUGUGUGUGCCUUAUAAACCCUGCCACGCCUUGCUCCUCACCAUAUGUGCCCCCUUUCCGAGUGUCAGGGAGGGGGGAGAGAAAAAAAAAGGUGACAGGAGAUAAUCAUCACCUCUUUGCAUCACUGUUAGCUACAUCUCAGGUCAGAGCCAAGCAUUGGAGCAUCCCAAAAUAACCAGGAACACGGUCUUCUGUCUGUGCUGACGGCCCUGUGUGUUAAACAAGGCAUUACUGAGAGUGCUGCUGACAAAGCAUUACAUUCCAAAGGCUUAAUGAAAGUCACCUCAAGCAAUGCAACUUAAAUAUUGCUUAAAUAUCAGUCAGGGUUUGGUAUGUUUCAGUUUUAAGGAAUGCAAAUAGAAUCAUAUUUCUACACUCAUCACUGGCCAAACACUGGUAAAUUUUAGUGGACAAGCUUGUAUUUCUGAUUUUGGGCGUUCUGCUUGAGACAAAGAGAGGUUAACCAGCAACAUUUUAAUUUAUAUACUGUACAAAUGAUGUGAAGUGUCCUGUAUGAAAAAAAGAGAAACAAGUAUCAGUAUUUACUGGGGAUGUUGAUAUCUGUCUGUCCUUGGUAUGACUCAGUCCCUUCUUUCACUCCCUUUUCUCUUUGUAGUCACACAUCUGUGGAGUGCACAAUGUUAAAUAUCGACCAUUUAUU